GCUGUGCGUCGCGUCGCGGGGCGGCCGGAGUGGACCUUCCUUGCUUCUGCUUUCGGAUUCCGUCGCUCGUACCGCUGCUUCUGCCUCUGCCGCCCGAGGCUGGUCGGUGGCCGGCGACGGAUGGGCGAAGGCGGCAACCAUGAUGCCCGGGGAGACCCCGCCCGCGGCGGCCGCAGCGGGGAUCGCGGCGGAGGCGGCCACGGCCUGCGCCAACUGCGGGGCCCUCCAGCAGAAUUUAAAUGAAUACGUAGCUGCCCUAAUUGCAUUAAAGCAAAAGAUCAUUGAUACUGACCACCUGUUGACAGAAUACCAGCAAAAGUGCAACGAGCUUCAGUUUGCUGUAAGGGAAAAUGACACACUUCGUCACCAAGUGGAGCAAAUGCUGCAGAAAAUAUUGCCUCUAGAAAAGUGUCAGGAGGAGCUGGGAUCUGUGAAAGCAGAGCUGGAGGAGAAGAAGAGUUCACUCAAGAUAUACCAGGAAACUCAUCUGGAAUAUGUUCGGGUGAAAGAUGAAAUGAACAAAAGUGACACGAUGAAGAAGAAACUGGAAACUAAAGUGAAGAAACUUGAAGAGGCUGCAGCAAAGCACAUCCAGGAAUUCAAGCAGCUGAAAGCAGAGAAGAAAGUUCUUGAGAAGGAAUUGAAGAAAGCACAGAAAAAGACCGAUGGCUUCCCGAAUGCAAAGCAAAAGAAAGUGCUGAAGAAUGCUGAGACCCAAAGUGAGAGAGCGAGUCCCGUAGCAGACCUAGACAAAGAAAAAAUUAAGCUGCUGUUGCAGGAGCUCUGGAUGUGUAUCGACAGCUCCACAGGAAAAAGUCAAAUCAACAAACAUGACUACAUCUUAGGAACAGAUUUUCUUGGUCAUUCAAGAGCACGUGGAAAAACAAAAACGCCGCAGAAUCCUCAACAAUUCAGGAAACAUCGAGAAGAGAGGCCUUCUGGUUGUCCUUCACCUGAAACCUGUACGACGCAUGUUUCUUUGGCACCGUUGCAGACAAAGCUGGACGACAGACCUGCUGGGCAUGGUAGCCCAGUAGAAAGCAAGGCCAUGGAAACCACGGGCGCUUACAAUGGUGGCGGCACUUUUUAUGAAGACAGAUCUCUAGAAGUCAUUUCAGAGACAGAUUCGGGAGCGGGCAACGUGGAUGUUUUUAGCAAGGAACAGGACGAACUUGGUGAAAAUCUGCGAGAUAUUUUGAAGUGGGUUAGGCCACUUCCUCCUCUGCUUUCUCCCCUACAGUUUUCACCUGCUGCUACUCCAGAUACGUUAUUUGGAAACUUAACAGAUUCCAGUGAUGAAGAUGAAAUGAACCAGAAUGUGCAAAUGCUUGAAAAUAUUUUAGAAAAAAGUGAACCAAAAGCUGAAAAUUCUUACGAGAAUCAUCCAGCAGAAUCUCAGAGCAAAUGCAUCUCUUUUAAUGCAAACAAUACAAAUGGCAAUUUUCAGGAGUCACCUGAAAGACUUAGCACAUUGACGGAAGAAGAGUCAGCGCUGUGUCACGACCCUGUGGCAGAAACAUCAGUAAAUGAGAGAGAUGCCAUAUCAAAGAGUGAGAAACGUCUGCAGGACAAUUCUGACUUUUUGGAGGCACACACAGCCACUGAACCAGCAGCACACGGUACAGAAAACGUCAACAAAAACUUAGAUAAUAUGAUGAAAGCGAAAGACAGACUCGUGAUGCCUGCUGUAUUGUCUCCAUCGGCUAACUUACAAGGUCAAGAAAAACCAGCUGAGCCAAUGCCCAUGAAAGAAGAAGUUGGAAGCAGCAUUGAACAUGUUCACGAAGAGCCUAGUAACUUCUUGAAAGAAGAGAAGGAAGAGCUCCUUGGGACAGUGGAAGGGGAUUGGCUUCAAACACCCAUAGGUGGCAAUCAGCAGCAAACCAAAGAGUCCAUUUUAGCUCCUGGAAAUGUGCUCGUAGCUCCUGAAUUUUUUAAGGAUGUUUCUGGUGAUGUGCGAGGAGGAAUGGGGAAUGGCCCCCGUGACAGCCAAUCUAAAUUUAAUUUUGAUAAAGCAAAAUGUGUUGGUGAACGCACUGAACCUGUAACAACAUGCAAACAAAAUGCAACGGAAGAGCUCUGCUCGGGCGGCAGUGAUGAAGCAUUCAUGGAAGAGAAAAUGAAUUCCGUUACCCAUAAUUCCCUCUCUGAAAUGGAGUGUUCUAGGGUGCUGCUCCAGCAACGAGAUGCUGAGGUAACAUUUACACAGGACUUUGGAAAAGAUUCUUAUGUCUCCGACGCAGCCAGCAAAUCGCAAUGCAUAGAAGGAAAUCACAGUAGUGAAGGGAAAUGUGACAAACAAUUCAAUGGGGAGAAUAAACUAGGGAAGGCUGAUACCUUAAGGCCCCACUCUCAUAUUACAGUGGCAAGUGAUGGAUGCAAUAAUUCACUGUCUUGUAUAGGUGAAAGCAGCACUCUCCCUUCUGUGCCUACUAAACAUGGAGAAGAUGACCAGCUGAAAGUUGAAAAUGAAAACGUCGUAGGCAAAACGAAACCCAAAUCAAUGGAUGUCAAAAAAGAAUGUGUAGAACUAGAACAAUACGUUGACCAAAAAGAUUCUAUUAAAUCGCUACAAGGGGAGCCAGAUUAUCAAAGCAGUCCUACGUUAGCAGCACAAGCAUUUAUUAUUGAAGGGUGUUCUGAGGGGUCUCUUGAAAGUAAACACACAUUCUUUGAAUCAGAGAAUGUCACUGAAAGUGCUUCAGACCUAGGGUAUGUUGAAAAGGCAGACAUUAAACCUGAGUGCAGGUCCAAAAUGCACAGCGUUUCAAUUAACUUUCAGCACGCUGAGGCUGUUGCGGAAGAUUUACGCUUGACAUCAGAACGGCUUGAGAAGGAAGAUAGUGAACCGCUGAAAAUAACAGAAACUGGGACUGCACAGUUUAUUAUAGAAGAAGGAAGUGAAAAAACAUCUGCUCUUGGAACUCUGUGCGACAGAAAUACGGAGCCCAGUUUGAUUUUUAAAGAUUUGCAGCAUGGAAUAAAUGAGGCACCAUCUCAAGAAAAGGCAAUCUUGAAUGCUGAAAGCGAUUCAUCUGAUAAAAUGAAGCAUGCUGCAGAAGGGACAGAAACGGAUUUUAAGUGCUCUGUAACAAAUGGGGUGGAAUUAGAACAGAACACAAAUGAAUGCCCUGCUCAGCCUGUACAAGAUGAAUUAGAAGCAGAGAAUGCCGUUAUUGAAACAACGUCCUCUGUCACUACAACAGUUGGUUCUAAAUCCACUGCAGAGCUCUCCGAUGUCACCGUGUCCAACGUUGAAAUCAAUUAUGAGCUCUUCAGCAGAAAUGGCCAAAGCUCUGUCCCAGGGUACAUUACCCCUUCCUCUCCAAGCAGAGAAGAAGAUGCUGAUCAUAGGGAUCACAGUUCUGGAGAAGACUUGACAAGUAAAGAGGCAAAUGAUCUUGAUUCUGAGGUAGACAAAAAUAAGUCCCUGGAUUGUUGCAGUUUCCAUGAAAUGGAAAUUGAACAAGCCGGAGAACAGCCAACUCUCAGGGAAUCCCAGAUAAUGUGGGAGCUCACUAAAGCACAAACUCCCGAGGCAUCAAGCCUAAACAGUGUUAAUACGGUAGACAUUUUUGUAGUGAGCGAAUCUGUUCCAAGUGAUGAGAAGCUUCUUGUUCCUCUUGAUAAGAAGUUAGGGAUUCCUUCAAGAAACUGCGAGGUAGAACAUAAUUUGAGUGAAGCAACAGCUAAAGAAACUGAUGCAAUAUCGAGCAGUGGCGCAAGAUCUGAAGGGGUGAAUGAGCUGGCAGUGUCUGAAAGUACUAUCAUGGUUAUGAAAUCAUCUACCUUGGAUUCAUCAGACAAAGAGGUUUUCCCAUUAAGGAAGGUGAAUUGCACAAAGCCACAACCAAGGCUUGCAACGUCCAGAGCAGAUGUGGGAGGUGAGCAGGAGCUGUCCCAUGUAACAGAAGAGGCAUCCCCGAAAUAUACACCGGCUGCUGUACAUGACACUGGCUCCCAUGUUGCUGAAGUGACGGAAGGGAUAUGGGAACAUUCAUACGCAACAAGAUGUGCGUGUAGCGAUGAAAAUACCUCCUUAACAUUGGACUCUCUUACAGCAAUAGAGAAGUCGGAAGAGAGGCAAGCAGGACAAGACAUUUCAGCAGUCGUUUCAUUGACGAGACAAGGGCUAACACAAGACAGAAAAUCUCUCCCCAGGAAGUCUCCUGCAAGUGAUCCAGAAUUGAAUAGUGAUAUAGUUGCACCACACUCAGAAUACAGCGGCACUGGUAUAGAAGCCUCAGAAAUCCAGAUAGAUUUCUUUAAAGGGGAAGCAAGUGCAGAGGAAGAAGGAAGCUUUAGCCCUUCGAGACGGAGCUCCAGCCUGAGGCAGAACCAGUUAACACCCGUCUGUGUCGGUGGGGGUGCCAAUGCCUCUCACAACAAGGAAACCCAUAUAGAGAAGGACGGGGAAACUCUUACUGCUCAAACCAGCCAGCAUUCCGUACCACCUGCCUCCGAAUCUUCCAGCUCUAGCUCUAAACCACAAAAAAGAGAGUCUGAGAAAGUGGAGUCUCCCGCUGCUCUUGCAUCUCAGGGAAAUAACGGAGCAGGACAAGCACUUGAGCCAUCGGACUCUAGAAAUGUUUCAGCAGAGGCCGGCCUUAGGCCUCUCCAGAGAAUACCUAGCUGCAAGGGGAAGAGGAAAAGUCGGCAAGCACUGCUUACCGAGACCAUUUUUGCCAAUGCAGAUACUUCCACGCCUACGGUGUCUUAUUCUCCAAAAACCCUUACAAAAAUUAGGCAAGAGAUGGGCCCUCCAUUACCCCCCUUGCUCCCACCUCUAAUGCCUACUCCUCCGAGAACGGUUAGGCCCCUCUCCCCGGUGAUGUCAUCAUCUAGCCAGUCUUCUUUGCCUUCCCCACUUGAUGGAAUGAUUUCUCCUUUACGCGAAACCCCAGUUCCUCCUCUAAGGUCGCCGCUGUUGGAUACCCCCAAACGCAAGUCUCCCGCUACAUUUACCACUCCUUCUCCCUCUGGCACGCCGAUGCGUCAGAGGGCUCUGUCUUCUCCUCUUCAGUUUUGUGCCACCACUCCCAAGCAUGCCCUCCCCGUCCCAGGCAGGCUUCCUCCAUCGGCAGUUGGCUGCGCUGCUCCGCCCGUACCCCAGGAAAACUCUGUGAAGAUCUUAGACAGCAUGUAUCCAGAGCUAUCCGCCCGAGCAAGAACUCUCAACAUCCUGAAAGGUAACAUUCAACUGAGUAGGUCGUCUUCUCUAGAUGGCAAGAAUGCCCCACAGCCAGUCCAUCAGAUCAGUGGCUUUAAAGCAAUUGCUUCUGUGUCCACCGCUUUUGUUAAAACAGGGAGCAGUUUCAAGCCUGACCCAGAGCAACUGUCUUCCAAUGUGUGUCACACUGGGAAAAGGGCAUUAGUACCUGUGACUGUGCCAAAGAACGCCAAAAGGCUACGGCUAGAUAGCAAGUCGCCAAAAUCAAACUCCUGCAAGGAAGAGCCUUCAGCUAGAGUCCCAGAUGUACAGUGCCCUGCUGAGGAAGCUAUCAGUGUGAGUAGCGAGGGUGUUACUCGCUUAACCGGUGACGCCGAUUCACAAUUGCUGGUGGCUGCGAAGAAAAGCGACGACUCCGAUAGCAACAUUGUGAUGGUAACAUUGGAGAAAGUUUCCAAAGCCUGUUUUGACCUGUUACCUGUUAUCCGUAGCCACGUUUUGGUGGGCAAUACCUCGAAGCUCCCAGCCAUGAGAGAUGAAGAGAAAGAAGCCGUUUAUGAACUUGCCGUUGCUAAGAAGCACUUAGCCGAGACAGCAUUACAGGCUAUUCUGAAGAAACUGAAGAAAGAGAAGAUGACCUUGGGCCACAAUCACAUUCAGGCCCUCUGCAGGGUGUAUGUUGGAAUAUGCCGGCAGCUGGGAGACCUGGAAAAAGCACGCCUGUUUUGCUACAGUCUUCUUAAGGAAGAUUUUCCCAAAUCAGCCAUACUGGCGUUGUUUAUUGCAAACAUGUGGAAUGAGAUCUUUUCCUCGGAAGGUGUGAUCAGCAAAGCUAUCCAGUUGGUUGCCAGACAGCGUGCAAGAGGGGAGGUGCUGAAAUGUCUGAGAACUUACCUGAAUUGGGAAGAGAAUGCACCAGCAGAUGUUGGCAUGAUGGUCUCCAGCCUGCUUUUGGCGAUACAGUUGUGUCCACAGAUGGAGUUUCAGCUCAGCGAGCAAUUUGGAGAAGACCUGAAAGAGAGCACAUGGGAAUACGUGUUUGCUGUUGAUCUGUUGUGCUCACAUCAAAAGUGGCGUUGGACCCACAAUCAUAUCAUAAGCAAAGAACUCUGGCCUAUCAUGGAUAAGUGGAUAAAGAACAGAAAGGGCAAUGGCAACAUAUCUUCCCCUUCUGAUAUAAUUGUAGCAACAGUGCUCAGGCUGAUUGGUCGUCUAGGCCAAAUAGGACUGAGAGAAGGAUUUUUUUCUGCUGUCGAAAACAUCAGUUCCGUUAUUGGGGUCUUUCUCCAGCAUGCCAAAGAGAAAGAUGUGGCCUGGGGUGUCCAGUUGGCAGCGGCAUAUGCGCUUUGCGAGUUGGGUCCUAGCAAUCCACAUAAAGUCCUGGAGGCCGUCCAAGCUUGGGAAGCAGUAAAUGCAAAGAGCCUUCCUCCUGCUGUCACAAGGGGCGUAGCAGAAGUCCGCAGUCUACUGACCUGUGCUGGGAGAACCGAAGGCUGCUCUUAAAGUUCCUGGAGGACGGCUUUUUAAAUUUAUUUUUUUACCAUGCAGGACAAUGUAGCAGUGCCAUCUGAAAUAACCUUCUUCAAAUGGGAAGAGCCAUGAACUUCCCUCCUUGGAGGCUGGCAGAAAACAUAAACACUUGUUGAGGUGUCCUGAAGUGAAGACCUCUUUGUUCAAUGUAGCCUGAAGUACUUUGUGUGGCAGUAGAAACAGUAAGCUAUUGAGCAUUGCCUUAAAUGCCACAAGAAGAAAAGACAAUACUAGCUCUUUAAAUCGGGGAGGGGGGGAAUGUUCAUCUAUGCAAAUAGAAGUGUUCUCUUGCAAACUAGUCUUGCAGGAUGUGAAUUCCCAAGACUACAAAGUCUCUUUUUAGUUACGCCAGAUGUUCUCCAAACAACUUUCACUGGAAACUUGGAUAAAUGAACUUUUUUAUUAAAAAAAAAACAUUGGUUUUGCUUCUUUGUUCACUAGUCUCUGCAAAGCUUAAGGCACUUUUAAAGAAGGAUUCCUUCUCAUGAUGUGAAGACUUAUCUCAAGCCUGCCUCUGCAAGCAGGUUUUGUAGAUUCGAGGUAUUGUUUCUAAAUCCAGAUGACAGUGGGGCAAAAGAAAUAAAUUCACAUAAUGAAUUCAUGUGGCCCCUCUGGCCACUUUCAAAACUGAUUUGUCUACUCCCUAAAUUUGUCAAUUUGCCUCAAAAGGAAAAGAGAAGAUUUCCGAUCAAAUCAUGUCCUUUAUUCAUGCUAGUAGGCCUUUCAAUUUUAAUGAAUUUAACCGAAGCAUGGUUUGAGUUCUGUACAUAAUAUCUACAGUAUAUAGAAGAACGAGAUGCUUUCUCUGUGAGAAUGUGUAUAUAUGGCAUAUUCAUAUAAUGUGUUUCACAUUUCAUGUUGUUCCGCUUUGGGAAUUUUACUACAUAUAUAUAUAGAAACGAGUUUAAAAUAAUAAUAAAAAACCUCGAAACUGUAUAAACAUCUAAUGUAGUUUCACUUGUUUUCAGGUUUUUUUUUUACAUGUUUGUAUAAUUUUUUUCUAAUAAAUAUUAUUUGUGCA